AUGCAUCGUCUGAAGCCUGGUGGCUCCCUUGUCCAGCUUCUUCAUCGCAUCGAGUCUUGGGACACGUUUAAGGAAAUCCCACUGGUUCGAUCAAGUCUGUAUGAGUCGGAUGAAGCCGUCGUGCAAGAUAUGAGAGACAGUUUUGGCCCUCAGUUUCUCAGACUAGCAGAACCUAUCUGGGAAAUCCAGGCCGAAGCGCUUCGCAAUGCCCCAUUUUUGCGACAUGCGUCACACACCAACGUGAAAUAG